GGAGCCUCGUCCAGGCGUGGACCCGGAGACCCUGGUUUGAGUUGUACGCACGCGCGGGGUGCUUUCCGAGGCUGCCCCCCGGGGAGGGAGGACUCCCGGUGGCGGACCGCUUCCCAGUGCUGGUGCCUUGGGGAGAGAAUUCCACACUCGCUCAGGUGUUUCAGGAUCUCCCGCUGCGUGGGCUGUGCUGGGGACCCCAGGAAACAGUGGUGUUCAGCCGCCUUGAACCUUGGACUGGACCUGGACCUCCUUUUGGACUGCUUUGGUACCGGGUCUCUGAGGUACUAAAAAGACAAGUGCCCUCAAACCAGAAGAUGCUUCCAGAAGACGAGCAGAACUGGAAGCCGCAGUGCAAAGGAAGGUGGAGUUUGAGAGGAAAGCUGUGCGCAUCGUUGAGCAGCUGUUAGAAGAGAACAUCACAGAGGACUUCUUGAAGGAGUGUGGGAUGUUCAUCACACCGGCUCACUAUAGCGAUGUUGUGGAUGAGCGGUCCAUCAUCAAACUCUGUGGCUAUCCUUUAUGUCAGAAGAAGCUAGGAGUUAUACCGAAACAGAAAUAUAAAAUUUCUACCAAAACCAAUAAAGUCUAUGAUAUUACUGAAAGAAAGUCUUUCUGCAGCAACUUUUGUUACAGAGCAUCUAAAUUUUUUGAAACACAAAUUCCCAAAACUCCAGUAUGGGUUCGAGAGGACGAGAGGCCUCCUGAUUUUCAGCUGCUGAAGGAAGGACAAAGUGGCUGUUCUGGAGAAGUAGUACAGUUCUUCAGUGAAGCCAUCACUGCAGCAGAUAUUGACAGUCCUGGUGCCUCUGAAGCGCAGUGUGAACCGACAGCUUCCUGCACCGGGAGUGAUCCCACCAGUGAUGAUGAGCAGGGCUUUGUUUCUUCGCUCCUACCAGGAAACAGGCCAAAGGCAGCCGAUACCAGACCACGGCUGCACAAAGAGAGCAGCAUAAGGAAAAAGAAAGCUGGUCAGAAAGUGAACUCCACACACAGAGAGCAGACAGUGGCAGAUGUCACCGAGCAGUUGGGUAAUUGCAGAUUGGGUAGUCCGGAGAAAGCAGCUGCCUGUGAACUUCCUUCAAAGAAAGAAAGUACUCAGAUUUCUUCACCUGCCCCUUCGUGUGAAAGACUAAACACUUCAGCAGUUUCUGACAGUAGACACAGUAUGUCAGAAGUUACCCUUGUAGGUAUAAGCAAGAAAAGUGCUGAGCACUUCAGGAGCAAAUUUGCCAAAUCUACCCAGGGUUCUGGGUCAGCCUCUGGCUCAGUGCAGGUGUGUCCUAAGGUUGCAAAGGCGAACUUGCUUCGUGUUCUAAAGGACACUUUGACUGAAUGGAAGACAGAAGAAACAUUGAAGUUUCUGUAUGGCCCAGAUCAUGCCUCUGUGUGCCUGAAACCGUCGUCAGCCCCCGUACCUGAUGAGGAAUUGGAUGAAGAUGACGUAAGCUGUGACCCAGGUGGUUAUGGUCCUGCCCUGAGCCAACCUCAGAACAACUUGGAUGAGACACUACCCUUCAGAGGCUCAGACACGGCCAUUAAGCCACUGCCAAGUUACGAGAGUUUGAAAAAAGAAACUGAAAUGCUGAAUCUGAGGGUCAGGGAGUUCUAUAGAGGACGCUAUUUUUUAAAUGACGAAACUACCAAGUCGCAGCACCCAGAAGAGAAUGUGUUUGGGCGUGAUCCCAGCUUCCCACUGAUUGAUUCAAGUUCCCAGAACCAGAUUAGAAAACGGAUUGUUCUUGAAAAAUUGAGCAAAGUAUUGCCUGGACUUUUGGGUCCUCUUCAGAUUACAAUAGGCGAUAUUUACUCUGACCUUAAAAACCUUGUUCAGACUUUCAGAUUAUCCAAUCGAAACAUCAUCCACAAGCCCGUGGAGUGGACUUUAAUCGCUGUGGUGUUGCUGACAGUACUGACACCGAUUCUUGGCAUUCAGAAGCAUUCUCCAAAAAAUGUGGUAUUUACACAGUUUAUAGCCACCCUGCUGACAGAACUGCAUUUAAAAUGUGAAGAUCUUGAAAAUUUAACCAUUAUAUUUAGAACCAGCUGCUAACAAGCAUGAUAUAAUUCAGGAAGAUAGAAGAUGAAUUUUACUCACCAUACCUGGAAUUUUAGCCAAUGAGGGUCCACAAGUGACUGCUGACUAAGAGCAUAACUUCCUCAGGCACAAGACAGCCAUGACUCCAGCAGGAAGAAGUAAGCCCUUACAACACAGGAUUUUUAUUUGAAAAGGAAAAAAUAAAUUGAAACUUGAAUGAAUAUUCAAGAAAAUGCAAUUACCUUUAUUUUUUUCUGGUUGAUUACAGCAAAAAAAAAAAAAAAUUUAAUUUUGGCCAGUUGUAAACUCUAUCAUACAAAUAACAGCAAAGGUUAGGUCAAUAAAUGUGAUCUAAAUGUGACCUUCAAUGAAGUCCUUUACAAGUCUGGUCACUUUCAAAAGCUGACCACCCCGCCUGCCCUGCUGCUAAGCUCCCACCAGAACCCUCCCUCGACGCCUCUACCACCCCACUUGGUACUGAGACAUCUCAUGUUCUCCGUGAUUAGCCUGGUGAGUACCAGAGCUCCCCUUCCACACCUUUUCCACAACCUGCCAUAUCUAGUCAGGGUAUUGAAACCAGUGCCCGGCCCAGUCUGACCCCCACCUACAGAGUAGCUAAUCUCUUGGCUUCCACAGGGUCCUACAUCCCUUGUCCUGACCACUCCUACCACAGUGCAGCCAGAGCUUGUGUUACAACCUGACCUACCUGCAACCACCCUCAGAUCUCUUCUGCAUAGCUUCCAACCACCCUACUUGGUAACCAGACUCCUCACAUCUCCUCCAAGGACUAGCCUAGGUCCCCAUCCCAUGCCCUGCCUGUGCCACAGCCAAGCUUUAGACUUACACCAGGACCUGCACCCACCCACAGAACCUUUCUGAGCAGCUUCCAACUCAGUACCCACACUUCCCACAUCCUCCUUCCAGGUUCUAACCAGGUGAGUUCCCCUGACCUCCCAUCCAUUCCUCUUCUACAACUGGCCAAAUCUAGCCUGGGUCUGAUCUUCUCUGCCUGCACUGCAAAGGAGCUCUAGGCUUGGGCCAGGAUCUUCCAUAACUAUCCCUCAAACCACAGGCCUCUCCCAGGCCAUAUCCAACCUUUUGACACAGCCAAAUCUACCCCCUAGUCUCUAUGCUUGGAAAAAGAAACACAUCCUACAUGCCAACCCAAUUCCCCGCUCUCCAGCCUGACUUCAUUCCACCCAUUUUCAACCCACCUGCACUUCCUCUCUUCUGCCCCAACCUGCUCUGUCCAGAACAAAAGAAAUCCACAUGCCAGAUCUUAUCCCAAGAAUACCAACAAUCGCAGGGCGGUGGUGGCACACACCUUUAAUCCCAGCACUCGGGAGGCAGGCAGAUCUCUGAGUUCCAGGCAAGGCACAAAGCUACACAGAGAAACCCUGUCUCGAAAAAUCAAAGAAAAAAGAAAGAUCAAGCCAGUAUCUUCUCUCCAAAUCCUAUCAUUCCUGUACAAAUGUUUGCCCAUGAGAAUUACCUAGAUGAACUCCAGGACACAGAAGUUUAAAAAAAUCAUAACCUUUAUCAAAGAA